AUGACUCGUCACACGCGAGAGGUCACGCCGCUGCUUGGCACUGCGCGCGAAACCCUUUCACCACGUCCUGAUCGCCGCCGCAAUGUGUGGUCAUUUCUGGUCGUGGGGGCGCUGUGUCUGGGCGUCUGGACUCUCGUGCCGCAGCAAACUCAGGUGCCCGCCGACGUCGUCGAGACCACAGUCUCAUUGGACAAAAAGGCUGCGGUUGUCACGACGGACGCAGACAACGCGGCGUUUCUAUCGAAUUUAGAAACCAUGAAAAACCCACUCGUCGACCCUUGUGUGGAUUUCUACGAAUACGCGUGUGGCGGGUGGCUACAAACACAUGGUAUCCCAGAAGACCGUCCCAGUAUCGACGCGUCCUUUUCUGUCGUCUCCGAGCACAACAAGGACACGAUUCGACAGCUGUUUGAGCGCAGUCCGCCUCAGAUUGGACCACUGUACCACUCGUGUCUCAAUGGCGCGGACGUGGACGAGCAGGCGAUGGCAUAUGUCACGCACUUGUUCCGUCGAGUUCACCAGGUGAACUCGACGCUAAACCUGCUGCAGUUUGCAGGCGAAAUGGACCAAUCUCUCGGUAUCAGUACGUUCUUUAGUCUCGCGGUGGGCGCUGACCCACAUGACCCAACGGUCAAUAUCCUGCAGCUGGCUCAAGGAGGGCUCACGUUGCCGUCGAGAGAGUACUACUUGGAUCGAAGCAAGGUGGACAGGUACGCAGCUCUCUAUGUGGACUACGUGGCCAAGUUGUUUGCCGUGGGAGACCUGGACCAGCACAACAGCAGCGGGUUUGCAGCAUCGGUGCUUGAGAUCGAAACAGCACUUGCUACCAUUUCUCUACCAAAUGCGGCGCUACGUGACCCGUGGACUACCAAUACGGCGUACUCGUUUGCCGACAUUGCUCAGAGAUACCCCUUUCUGAUGGCGUAUGUAAACGGGGUUUACAAACAGGAGCCGUUCCCGAUGCAGCACGCGAUCAUUGCGACGCCGGGUUUUUUCGAUGCGCAGAAUCAGAUGCUGAGCGAUGAAUCACUGCUACCACGUUUGAAGCACUACAUGAGUUUUCACUUGCUUGACUCGUUUGGGCCACUUUUGGGUGAGUACUUUCGCCGCGUGAGUCACGACUUUCAUGGCAAAAUCCAGGGCGCAGGGGGUCUUAUCCCGCGCGAUCAGUUUUGCGUAAGCUUGACGACUGCUUUCCUUGGAGAUGAAAUCGGAAAGUACUAUAUGAGCGAAGUGUUCGACGCUGAUGCAAAAGCUGCGGCUGAGGCGCUGGUGGCAGAGAUUGAAGCAUCCCUCAAAGCGUUACUGCGCACGGAGUCAUGGCUGGAUAGAGUCACAUACGACGCAGCUGUGAAGAAGUUGGACAAGGUCAAGAACUACAUCGGUGGCCCAGAUGAUGUGCCGCCACUGCCGUUUGAGCUCCAAUCUGACGCGUUCUUCGACAACGUGAAACGAUUGAUGCAGUUGAGUGCCGCAGAAACUAUCGAUUCGAUCGGUAAGCCGGUAGAUGAGCAAGCCUGGGGUAUGUUUCCCUCAACGGUAAACGCCUACUACGACCCAAGCGCAAACAAGAUGGUCUUCCCUGCAGCUAUCUUGCAGCCUCCAUUCUAUAGUGCUGAACACUAUCCUGCCGCAGCGAACUUUGCUCGUAUUGGAAUGGUGAUGGGCCACGAGCUUUCGCAUGGAUUCGACGACCAAGGACGAAACUAUGAUGACAAGGGAGCACUGCGUUCGUGGUGGACUCCGUCAGUUUCAGCUGAGUUUACCAAAAAGGUGCAGUGCUUGGCAGCUCAGUACUCGACGUUCCCGGUAGUAUCGAUUGAUGAUGGGCAUGUGCUCGGAACCGUCAACGGCAACCUAACGCUGGGUGAAAACAUAGCUGACAACGGAGGUAUUCGCCUCGCAUAUGAGGCGUAUCACCUUUGGAAGCGUACGUUUGCACCUCGACCGAGCGUGCCUUCUUCUGACGCUCCGUUCGGCACCGCUAAUUCAAAAACCGAAGGAGCAUUGCUACCGGGCGAGCACAACGAUCAUGGAAGUCGUGAUGCUCGCCACUAUCGUAAUGACAAGAAGAAUACCAAUGGCCAUCUCACGGGCAAGCAGCAUAAGCACCAGAUGGGUCCCAAUGAGGAGGGUGAAACUGGCCACCACGGUAAACCCAGCCAUCAUGCGAAUAAAGACGACGAAGACAGCGGGAACCAAGAGCACCGCAAGCAUGCUAGUAAGGACAAAGGUCAUGAAGGGCUCAAAGCUGGAAAGACAAAGUUGCACCACCACGGAAAGAAGAAGCACGAUUCGGAAGACAAUGACAAGGUCCUUGCAUCCGAACAUCCGAAAAAACAUCACCACCAUCAUCGUAGUAAGAAUGACAAGGAGGACGGGGAAUCAGGAAAUCACGAGAAUGGCCACCGUGACGAAAAUGAGCGGAAAGACCAGUCGGACAAUUGCGAGGAUUGUGGACGGAAGGAGCGCGGUCAAUCUCACCACAAGAGCAAGAAGGACUGGGGCAAGAAGAGCAAGCGCCAUGGAUGUGGCAAAGAAGACAGCGACUGUGGCUCUAAACAGGCUCAGUCAGACGCUGGACACCCUUUUUCUGGUGGUGACGCUCGAAUGCAGAGCAUGGUGGAGACAUUGGCGCGUGCGGUCGCUCAGCCUGGUGAUCCCGGCGCAGAUGAUCGUUUGUUUUUCACAGCUUUCGCUCAAGAUUGGUGCGAGAAGCGCACGCCUGGGUAUGCGGAGCUAUUGCGGACGGUCGAUCCUCAUUCGCCCGGAAAGUGGCGUGUCAACGGUCCAUUGAUGAACUACGACAAGUUCGCAGAGACCUUCUCAUGCCCCAUGGGAAGUCCGAUGAACCCAGAGAAGAAGUGCGUCAUCUGGUAA